GCGAGACCUGCCAGCCCCUCCUCCGCGGGCUGUCUCGGCUGGCUCCUCUCCUGCUUCUGCCCGCCUGUCCCUCUGGGCUGCUCGGGCGCCACCACUACUGUCCCCAUCCUGCCCCGCCAGCUGGGCCAAAGGGUGACUUGACUCACGGCGCAGCCACCAGCCCACGGCUUGCCCGAGGCGUAUAAAGGCUGCCAGGGCCGAAGGCUGCCAAGCCCUGCCCGGCCCAAGGCGCACAGAGCAUGGCCCGAGGCCCUGAGCGAGGCCGUGGGGACGCGGGUUGGGGCCUGCGCGGCGCCCUGGCGGCCGUGGCGCUGCUCUCGGCGCUCAACGCUGCGGGCACGGUGUUCGCGCUGUGCCAGUGGCGCGGGCUGAGUGCGGCGCUGCGGGCGCUGGAGGCGCAGCGGGGCCUGGAGCAGCGCGAGGACAGUGCCCUGCGCUCCUUCCUGGCCGAAUUGAGCCGCGCGCCGCGCAGGGCGCCCGCGCCACCCCAAGACCCGGCCAGCUCAGCUCGCAACAAACGCAGCCACAGCGGGGAGCCUGCGCCGCAUAUCCGUGCCGAGAGCCAGGACAUGCUGAUGAUGAUGACCUACUCCAUGGUGCCGAUUCGAGUGAUGGUGGACCUGUGCAACAGCACCAAGGGCAUCUGCCUCACAGGACCUCCUGGACCACCAGGACCUCCAGGAGCUGGCGGGUUGCCAGGACACAAUGGAUUGGAUGGACAGCCUGGUCCUCAGGGCCCAAAAGGAGAAAAAGGAGCAAAUGGAAAAAGAGGAAAAAUGGGGAUACCUGGAGCUGCAGGAAAUCCAGGGGAAAGGGGAGAAAAGGGAGACCAUGGUGAACUGGGCCUGCAGGGAAAUGAGGGCCCACCAGGGCAGAAGGGAGAAAAGGGUGACAAAGGAGAUGUGUCCAACGAUGUGCUCCUGGCAGGUGCCAAAGGUGACCAAGGCCCACCCGGUCCACCUGGGCCCCCAGGCCCUCCAGGUCCUCCAGGACCCCCUGGAAGCAGAAGAGCCAAAGGCCCUCGGCAGCCAAACAUGUUCAACGGCCAGUGCCCAGGUGAGACCUGUGCCAUACCAAAUGAUGAUACCUUGGCUGGAAAAGCUGAUGAGAAAGCCAGUGAACACCAUUCCCCACAAGCAGAAUCCAUGGUCACCUCCGUUGGAAGCCCAGUGCAAGUGCUGAAAGUCACAGAGACAUUUGGGACUUGGAUAAGAGAGUCUGCUAACAAGAGUGAUGACCGGAUUUGGGUGACAGAGCAUUUUUCAGGCAUCAUGGUGAAGGAAUUCAAGGACCAGCCCUCACUUCUGAAUGGCAGUUACACGUUCAUCCACCUUCCGUAUUAUUUCCAUGGCUGUGGGCACGUGGUUUACAACAACUCUCUCUACUACCACAAAGGGGGUUCCAACACCAUAGUGAGGGUUCAAGAAGAGGAAAUCAAGCUCUGGCCUUUGGAGGCAGAAGAUGGUCGUCUUGGGCAAAUCAAGAGAGCAACGAACCGAAAGCCAGGACACUUGGUUUCUGGCUCCAACUCUUCUGCCUCCUCUAUGGCCUUGGACCAAGAGACAGCACUUCCUGUGUCUCCCUGUCCUCAACUAAAAAUAAAAAGAUGGACUACAGCCUCUGAGUCCUUCUAGCUCUUCCCCAUCUGAAACAGUAAACCCAGUAUUAUGAAUGCCACAGUCCUACUCAUUCAAAACAAGAGACAGUGACCUUGAGGGAGGACUGAGUCCCUUCUCUCUCCCUCAUCCUUCCCCUACCCUUAGUGAGGUCCAGCUUUAACAACCUUUGGUGUUUGAAUGCCAGGUUACAAUGGGGUGAGUUUCCUAGUAUAAUCUGCAAUUUGAUCAGACAUAUCGGACACUGGCGUCAGCCGUGGCAGGAAGCAUCCCUUCCUUUGCCUCUCACUUCCCUGUACAUGACACCUCCAUCAUCAUCUCUACACCUCCCUGGCCGCCUCAUUUGGGCAGUCUUGUGCUGGUAGAAAAAGGCAACUGACCUACCGCCUGCUCAGCAGUCCUCGCUCUCAAGACACACUCCUUCAUCCGAUGCUGCUCACUGAAUCUUGUCCCCUGCUGCCAUGUUCUAUAGGGCUAUUGCCACACGGAGGUGGGGUCGGGGGGAGUUCUGAGGUGGAUAACCUCCACAGUGAGAACUGGCCUCUUCAAGGAGGUGUAUCUUCUAAGGAAGCUAAGUUUGGAUGCAGUGGUUAGGAGACUGUACUGCUCUAUGCCAGGCCACUGACUGGGACCUCACAGAGAGGCAGAGCUGAAUUCGACCCUGUAAUUGCUGGGAGAGAUGGGUCUCACCAAGGAAUGCAGCUGUGAGGUGGCAGGACUAGACACAGCCAAAUGGCAGCACUAAACCCCAGGUAUUCAGAGGAAGAACUCCCGUGAACUGAGAUGUGCAGGGACCUUCCCAAGCCUCACUCUUCUCUAGUUUCUUCAUGGUUUCUUAAUAGAAUUCAAGUCUGUUAUGCUCAAACGCAUAUCCACAGAUUCACACAUUUCAUGUUUCUUCUGCUGCUCAAUGGCACCCUCUGGUGUUUUCUUUUAGCCCUAAUGUUCCUGAAUUUUCAUUCCUGGAGUACCCUUUGAAUUAUAGUUCACUUUUAUGCUACAGCCUAGAGUUGGAAUCUGUCAAAUCAGCCUCCAGGAGCUAAGGGGCAUGACAUUCCAUGCUAUAGUUUAAUGUAUCCAGCCACUUACUUGACAAGAAAAUGGUUUUCACAGUCAUGACUUUGCAACAGCCUUUCUCACCUGGUGACUUUCUUUUCAACUUUGCAAACUGUGAAACUCUUUUUUUUUAAUUUCAGCAGGGAGUAAAGGAAUAACCACCACACUUAGAGUUAGAAACCCUAAGUUCAACCUCUGGCUCUGCCUCUUACUUGUAGUCUCGGGCCAGUCGCUUCUCAUUUUUUGCUUAUAAAAUGAAAAGAUUGGACUAGAUCCUCUUUUACAGCCCCCUUGCAGCUCUAAGAAUCUUCGAGGGGGCAUUUCAGGAGGCCAACAAACAUCUGGGCAUUAGUGAAGUGGAGGUCACAUGGCUAGUAAGUGGUCACUCAGAUGCAAAUUCAUUCUGACUAUAGGGAGUAUUCUCUUUAACACCACACCACUGUCUCCCUGUUGCCUCUGCUAGCACAGCCAGUCAUCGUCUCUUACAUCCUCACUGCUCACAGCAUUGCCCAAGGACCAGCAGAGCAGGCAUUACCCGGGAGCUUGUAAGAAAUGCAAAAUCCCAGCCCUCACCCCUGACCCACUAACUCAGUUUAAUAGAGGAGCCUAAUA